AGAAGAAACUCGGAUGUCCUGCUUUUGUGGAAAUUUAAGGCCACAGAUGAAGAGAUUGCAAGCACCUUAUCACUCGUGGAUGCAAAUGAGAGGCCAGAUGUAUCCAAACUAAUUGAUUCCGAACGUAGGACUGGUCGUUAUAGGGGAAUCCUGCAUGCCUUUGAGUCUCUCAUUGAGGGCUUGGACGACGAAAACCAACGAAAUAUCGUGAUAGAACUUCUAUGCAAUGAACUCUCAGGGAUAAAACCAUCCUUAUCUCAAGAUUCUUUCAGAAUUUGGAUUCUAGACGAGGUUCAAGAUCCCUGGGUCCGGUUUGUUGCUUCCUUAGCAGUUGGAAUGGGCCAACCACUAGAACACCCAAGUAUAGCAUAUUCGAGAUUAUCUCAAGAAUUAAUGAGAGCGUUAAGCAAAUAUCUUCUAGAUGACGGCUCAUUCAUCAAUUCGUUGAGUGCCCAGCGAGUGCGAAUGAGAUGGUGGAAUGCACUUCCUCAGAGUUGGACAUCUAACGUUAUCAACCAAGCGAUGGGUGAUAUUGAAGCAUUAGUUCGUCGUCAUAUUUUAUAUAGAGUUUUUCAUUACGGAGGGGGGCUUAGGCCCGCCUUCGUUGGGGGUUUAAAAACCCGGGUCUGGGGCGAUAUGUAUGGGCUUGUUCCCGCUCUUCUCGCCGGUAGUGAUGUAGAGGUCUAUAUUAAAGAUAAAGCUCUCAAGCCAGAGUGCCUUUCUCGGCUCCAGGAAUUCGUUGAAGAUGUCAAGCACCACCCAAUUCGACUUAACGCCCUAUUAUUCAAGCUAGUAGAUGAAGAAUUUGGUGCCAUG